GGGCUGCUGGUCUUCUCAGCAAUAUCAACAUAAGUUGCUGGGUGAUGCGGCUGCCAAACCCAUACACUCAAACAGAAAUUCCCUGCAUAGAUAUGCUCAAUACGCGACCAGCUCCAUGUUCCUGACCUCCCGUUCUGGGAAUUUGGACUCGUUGCUAUAUUUACUGAUUCACGAUGAAUUUCUUCUUUGGCUCUGGAUAUAUUGAUAUAGUUUCUUCUUUCCUUUCCUGUUCUUUACCCUGUACAUUAGUACGUAUGUUGCGAAGGAUCGCAUCUGAAGCGUCUCAUAGGUUACCUUGUCAUUUUCCCCCUUCGGAUCAUCGCAUCUGAAGCAUCUCAGAGAUUUGUCAAGAGACUCGAUAUUUGUACGAUGAGGUGAUCAUCUGAAAUCAGUGAGCAAUGCGUAUGGGAAGAAGGAGCAAGUGAAUUCGUAGAUAUCGAAGAUUGAGUCCGCUCUUUGAAACUUUUCAAUUGAUUAGUUAUAUUUGUGAGUUCGCUCUCUGCUGUCUGAUUCGCGAAUUGAUGCUUACUGCUGUCAGGUUAUGAUGCUUCAAAUAAUUGAUGGAUUGAGGUGACUCCUCCAGAGUAACUUAUCUUUCACAAAAUUUUAUGUGCUUGCUCUGUGCGCCCUUCACUGUUAGAGAAGUGGGGAAGUUAAUUAUAGCAUAAAUAAAACCAUGGGGAAUCCUGAGCAGCUGAAGAAAAGAGUGGCUUUUGUUCUGGUAGAUGGGCUGGGUGAUGUGUCCUUGCCGAGGUUUGGAUACAAGACGCCUCUGCAAGCGGCUAAGAUACCCAAUUUAGAUGCCAUUGCUUCUGCUGGAGUUAAUGGUCUCAUGGAUCCUGUUGAAGUGGGAUUGGCUUGCGGCAGUGACACAGCCCACCUUUCUUUAUUGGGUUAUGACCCUAGAGUUUAUUACCGGGGGCGUGGUGCUUUUGAGUCCAUGGGUGCUGGAUUGGCAAUGUCUCCUGGGGAUAUUGCAUUUAAGUCAAACUUUGCAACCUUUGAUGUGAAAACUGGAAUAGUCAUCAGCAGGAGGGCUGACAGACACUUUGAAGAAGAAGGGCCUAUCUUCUGUGCAGCACUGGAUGGAAUGAAGCUGCCAUCCUUUCCUCAAUACGAGGUUAGAGUCAGGUAUGCAACAGAGCAUCGGUGUGGAGUGGUUGUCAAAGGACCAAAAUUAAGUGGAAAUAUUUCAGGAACAGAUCCACUGAAGGACAACCGCCCACUUCUGAAAGCUGAAGCUUUGGAUGACACUGUUGAAGCAAAGCAUACAGCUGCAGUUGUCAAUGAACUAUCCAGGGAGAUGUCAAAAAUUUUGGUUUCUCACCCCUUAAAUGCAAAACGAGUAGCAGAGGGAAAGAGCACUGCCAAUGUUGUCCUUUUACGAGGUUGUGGUAUUCGAAUUGAGGUUCCACCAUUUGAUAGCAAACAUGGGCUGUUCCCAUGCAUGGUAGCUCCCACUAAAAUUAUAGCUGGCUUGGGCCUGUCACUUGGCAUUGAUAUUCUAGAAGCUCCUGGAGCAACAGGGGACUAUCGCACAAUUCUAAGUUCCAAAGCAGCUGCCAUAGCUAGCGCACUUUCAGCUCCUCUGCAUUCUUGCCCCAAUGUUUUUGUACCAGGGGAGGAUGAGCACAAACCAGGUCGAUCAGAUGGCUAUGAUUUUGGUUUCCUCCAUGUUAAGGCAAUAGAUGAUGCUGGUCAUGAUAAGGCAAGCAUCUUGAAAGCCAGAGCACUGGAAGCUGUUGACCGAGUUAUAGGGCAGCUAGUCAGGCUCCUCUGGCAGGCUGAAUCUACUGGAAACUUUGAAUACUCCCUUUGCGUAACUGGCGACCACUCUACUCCUGUUGAAUAUGGAGAUCAUAGCUUUGAAGCGGUUCCUUUUGCAUUGUGCCGAUUGAAAGAUUUUGUGGAUGUUGUGGGUGGGGAGGACAUUAUUCUAGGGACUUCUCUUGACCCGGUACUUCUUCCAUCUGUGGAGGAUGGUGAAGAUUGCAUGAUUGAAAAAGAGCAGAGGAACAAAUCACUUCAAGCUUUUAGCGGCGAUUCAGUUUGUGAGUUCAAUGAGAUGGCUGCUGCAAGGGGAUGUCUUGGGCGUUUUUCUGGAAGUGAGAUGAUGGGGAUCAUAAAAAUGUUCCUAAAACUAAGCUGAAAUCUUGAGAUUAUUUUUAUUGGUCUUGGGCAGCAUCAGAUGAGUAGGAUUCUGAUCCUUUGCUCCUGGUUAUCUACUUUUUAAGAUUCUCCAUUUUCUCAUCUGCGGGAUUUGUACGAGGGAAGUGAUUUAGGCUAAGCUGCUAAGCCAUGGGGUUUGGAUAUGUGAAUUUACAGUUGGUCCUCAUCAUGAGAGAAUAAAUUUCCUUGUUUAUUGUAAAUUUUAACUUUAUUUUGUUCUGUUGGGAAGCUCUCUUGACUAUGUGUUACACUUAGGGCUGCAAACAAAUAAAGUCAAUCUAAGUUGAGCAA